AUUAAAACACAGCCUAAAUGACUGGAUUAUAAAAUGGAUGCAUAUCUGGACCAGCAAGUGCCUUAUACUUUAGCUAAUAGGUCGCAAGGAAAUGGGCCCCUAAAUAGAUUGGUGAUGGCGACAAAAAGGAAAUACAUGGACACCGAAUUACCCCCUCAGGAAUCCGAAGAUCUCUUUCAGGAUUUACGCCAACUUCAGGAGACAUGGCUCACCGAAGCUCAAGUUCCCGACAGCGAUGAGCAGUUUGUUCCUGACUUCCACUCGGAGAACUCAGUGGCAUUCCACAGCCCGCCUGUGAAGAUUAAGAAAGAGCCUCAGAGUCCCGGCUCAGACCCCAGCCAGUCUUGCAGUCACAAGCAGAGCUUCAGCUACCCCAAUGGAGAGCAGUGCCUUUACGCCAGUGCCUACGAGCAGAAGAGAGCAGCCGUGGCAGCAACAGCAGGAGGAUCUAAGAGCUCUUGUCCAGGAACACCCAUGUCUCCUAUGCAGCAUUACUCCCCAAAACCAACAGUGGGAACUCGGCCGGAGUCAGGGUACAUGAAUACACCCUCAGCCAGCCAAUCCCAUGCCUGCCACAUCCACAGUUACCCCAUGAACCCCAGUUCCAGGUUCCCUUCCGGCUCUGUAGAGAUGUGCCCACCAUUCGCUUCCCAAGGCCAGGCCCUGCAGCGCAUGCAUCCUGCCCAUGCCUCUGGGGGCGGAGGUGGUGGUUAUCAUCGGCAACACUCUGACCCCUGCUUGCCUUAUCCUCCUCAGCAGAACUUCAAGCAGGAGUACAUGGACCCUCUGUACGACCGAGCGGCCCACAUGGCCGGGCCACAGCAUCAGAGGUUUCCUCCUGCCCAUAUGAUGGUCAAACAGGAACCCACUGACUACAGUUACGAACCUGAUGUGCCUGGUUGCCCCUCCAUGUAUCAUCACAACGAGGGCUACCCCAACCCACAGCACAACAGUGAAGGUUACAUGUUUGAAAAUGAUUCACGCGUUGUUCCUGAGAAAUUUGAAGGUGAGGUGAAGCAGGAAGGGGGCGGUGUGUUUCGUGAGGGUGCCCCCUAUCAGCGCCGUGGCUCACUGCAGCUCUGGCAGUUUUUGGUGGCCCUCCUCGACGACCCCGGCAAUGCGCACUUCAUCGCAUGGACCGGCCGUGGCAUGGAGUUCAAACUCAUCGAGCCAGAGGAGGUGGCAAGACUCUGGGGGAUGCAGAAGAACCGUCCAGCCAUGAAUUACGACAAACUGAGUCGUUCUUUGCGCUACUAUUAUGAGAAGGGAAUUAUGCAAAAGGUGGCGGGUGAGCGUUAUGUUUACAAAUUCGUGUGUGAGCCGGAGGCUCUGAUAUCCUUGGCUUUUCCCGACAAUCAGCGGCCAAGUCUGAAGGCAGAAUUUGAACGCUAUGUCAACGAGGAAGACACGGUGCCGCUGUCUCACCUUGAUGAGGGGGCGUCUUAUCCUCCCGAACUAGCUGCCACCAAUAUGGGCCCUCAGUCCUACUCCAAAGCCUACAUGUACUAAUACCACCAACAUUUUCCCAUGUUCCCCAUCCCAGUUUACUCCCUGCUGCACCUAUUGCACAUGCCCACCCUAUCCACUUGUAUAUAAGGCUAUGUUUUUUUUUUUUGAUUAAAUUAAUCUCAUUAGGGACUCUGCAUUCCUCUCACUUCUGAGGCCUAUCUAAUCUAAACACAGUACUGUGGUUCAAGAGAUUGCUUAAUAAAGACCCAAUAUUACUACUA